AUGACCACUCUAAGAGUUGUGUUAGCUUUGGCCUCCUCCAAAACUUGGUUCUUACACCAAUUAGAUGUAGAUAAUGCUUUCUUACAUGCAAACCUAGAAGAAGAAAUCUAUAUGGCUUUACCGCAACGUCUCUCGACUUCCAAGCCUAACCAGGUCUGUUUAUUAAAGAAAUCUCUCUAUGGAUUGAAGCAAGCUAGUCGACAGUGGUUCAAUACUAUCUCACGUGCUCUACAGGUUCUUGGUUAUUCUCAAAGUCAAGCUGAUCACACCUUAUACACCAAGAAGACUGAGAAAUCCUUCACCACUUUACUAUUAUAUGUUGAUGAUGUGUUGUUAGAAGGAAAUGACAUUUCUGAGAUCAAUAAGGUCAAGCAGUCUCUUCAUACACAGUUUUGCAUUAAGGAUCUUGGAGAAACCAAGUUCUUUUUGGGUUUAGAGAUUGCGCGGUCCUCCAAAGGCAUAGUGGUUAACCAACGCAAAUAUGCCUUGGAACUUCUAUCAGACUCUGGUCUUCUCUGUUGUAAGCCAACGACAACACCUAUGGAUAGCUUAGUCAAGUUGGGAGCUACUAUUGGCGAACCACUCUCUGAUAUCAACUCUUAUAGAAGAUUGAUAGAAAGACUUCUUUAUCUUACAACUACAAGACCAAACAUAACUUUUGUGGUGAAUCAACUUAGUCAAUUCUUAUCUGCUCCAACAAACCGGCAUCAAGCAGCUGCUCACAGAGUCCUUCGUUAUAUUAAAGGCUCACCUUGGUGUGGCCUUUUUUAUCCAUCAUCAAACACUCACAAGCUCACAGCAUACAGUGACUCUGACUGGGCUGGUUGCAUUGAUUCUAGAAAAUCAAUUACUGGGUAUUGUUUAUACAUUGGUUCCUCUUUAAUCUCAUGGAAAUCGAAGAAGCAAACUACUAUAGAAAGGUCUUCAUGUGAAGCUGAGUAUCGUGCACUUGCUGCAACAGUGUGUGAAGUACAAUGA